CACCACCGGGGUUGUGAUGGAGCCACAUACGGCUUUCGCCCUAAAGGAAGAACGGCAAGAGCUCGCGCGCUGGCACGCGAGGCACACGUGCCAUGCGAGAAUCUUGCUCGCGCAUUCGAACACGCAGCUGAUCGUAGCGGUCGCACCUUGCAGCGUCGCCGAAAGGGACGCCAUCGGCCUGAACCCAGUCGUAGGCAUGGGAAUUCACCCUCUCCUCCAAGGAAGCGUAUCCACCUUCUCGGAAGAGUCGCCGUCCCACAAUGAACGCACCGAUGAACGCACUUGCGGCAGCCUCACAGGACAUCCCAGGAGGCUUUUCCCGAGGGCUGAGUGGGACCCGCUCGUUGAGAUGGGCCUCAAGGACACCGUGCCUCAGUGCAACACCAAGCAAGCACCAUGCACCGUGCGAGGAGCCCAGCACCAGACGGUGGUAGCAUCGAAGGGCACCGGACGCCGACUAAUGCACAGUUCCGAUCAGCCGAGUACGAGUGGAGUGGAGGCUGCUGCGAGCAUGAUUCGCCAGGUCGACGAGUGUGACGCAGUGGCCUCUCCAGAGAACAACCUCGACGUGUUGGGCUGCAGGCUACGUAUCCACCCACCUGACAGGCUGCCGUGCGCGUCGACGAUGCUGACCUCAAUCAAGGCUGAGAGCAACAGCGGCACGGACGGCGUGGCAACUCCGAGCAGCUGCCUUUGGAGGCUACACGCGAGGUUCACCCCGGCCAGGGUAGCCGGCAGUUCGGCGCUGUUCGCGCGGAACGGCGCACAACGGCGACAGGACGCGUCCGUCAUCUCGUGCAACGUCGAACUUGCAGCGGCUGGUUCUGCGGUGGCACCCUGUCCCGGCCGCUCCGUGACAACAGGAACAGGCUCUGCAGGCGGCUUUACUGUCAGCUCAUCUGUGGGUAUCUAAACUCAGGAGCUGACGGUGCAGUCGCUGUUGAUCGCCUGACCAGCGACAUCACGUGAUUCUCUUCAGUGGCACUGUGGCUUCCCUAUAAGUGUGGAAGAGGAUUCAGGGCCUUUUCAACGCUGAAGUACAGGUCUGUUUCGGCAGGGCUCGCGCUGGAGGCUCGCGGCAACCGCUGCGGUCUAGUCUGCGCGCUGAUGAUGAUAUCCCGGGACGAUCUUGCAGGGAGGGAUCUUGCAGGGAAGCGCCAGUGUUUUUGCAUCCGUACUUUGAUUGGAUGCUUUCAAUGUAUUUGUGUGACUGCGUGGUGUUCUAAAUACAGAUUAUUGUG